UUCACUACUACGACAAUACCAGAGAGGAAGAGUAUCCCAAGAAUCAUCGAAUUCCAUCGAGUUCAAAAUCAAUGGUAUCAGCAACCAAGAAUCGUUACCACGAAACACCAGACCAACGUGAAAGUUAUAAGCACCACGGCAAAGACACGAAAUACGAUCGUUAUGCCGGGAAGUAUGCCUUUGAGUAUCAUGUGGCGGAUGUGUAUUCUGCCAACGACUUCGGUCAUCAGGAGACUCGUAAUGAGUACCUAACUAAGGGCAACUACCAUGUUCGUUUGCCUGAUGGUAGGCUGCAAAAAGUGAGCUAUCAUGUUGACGAGGGAGGUUACCAUGCCAAUGUGUCAUACGAACCAAACAACCAGUAUUAUUACGUAUAAUACCAGAGUGACUAGUAAAUAUUCCAUCAGUGAAGGUGCCUCAUUAAAAAAAUCACCACAAAAAGAAACCCACAGCCGGUCAGAAACACAUGAACUGUACAUAAAAUGAAAAAACAAGAGCGAAAGUGAAUAACUAGUGUAGGAAGAGUGUAUCAUCAUCUUUCGCAAUUUUUCGCAUAUAUCGUGAGAAAAGAGGGCACGAGUUGUACAUCAAGUUGCGUUUGCGCAAAUCUCGGUGAAUUC